AUUCCCAAAUUUCAUAAGAACAAAAUGUCAGCCAAUUCGGAGGAUCAAUCUGCACAACUAUCACUUCAUUUGGACAAUGAAUGGUCCUUCAAUUUUGGCUCUGAAACGCUCAAUGCUAGUCAAUUGGACAAGAGUCAGGAUCAGACAAUCUUUGAAAACAACUCAAUUCUUGUCGACAAAAACGUCUACGAACAAUUAGUUGCCACGUGUGAUGCGAUGAAGGCACAAUUGCACCAAUUGAUGGAAAUGGUCGAUGAGAAGACAUUUGAUGAUCAGAAUCAAAAUUCAGAAGAAAUGAAAUUAAUUCUGAAAGAAAGAGAUGAACUGAAAAAGAAAGUCGAUCAAAAGAGCAAAGAGACUGUGCAUUGGACCAAAAAAUACUAUAAAUUGAAAGCUUAUGGACAAGAAAUAUUGAAAAAGCGAGAAAAUGAAAUUAAACUGCUGAAAUCGGAGGUCGUUGAUGGAAAAAAGAAGCUCAAUGAGAUAGUUGAAACGAUCAACCAUUUGGAGGAUGCAGCAAAUAAAGAAAAGAUCAAACGGAAGAAUGUGGAAAGUGAGAUGCGAAAAGCUGACAAGAUCAUCAAGGAUGCUUUGAGGGAAGAGAUGGAAGCAAGGAAACAGUCACAGAAAGAAUAUCUUCUUGAGAAAACUGAACGAAUGGCUCUGGAAGAGAAAAUUAGUGAAAAUGCCGCUAGUGCUCGCGGAGUCAUCGUCCGAAGUACUUGUCCUGUUGCCGAUCAUCACAUCCUGAACCAGCGAAUCGAUGUUCUUCAACGACAGCGAAAAAUUCUAGUGGAAAGUAUCAAUAAAAGAGAUUCGCCCAUCCAUCAUUAGAUCUCCUUCAUUUUCAAUGCUCUGUUCAAAAAUUCAAACUCGUUGCAAAUCAGUUCUAAUAGUCCUCGAUCAAUAAAUAUUUCAUGUUU